AUGCUGGUCAUAUUUCAUUAUAAAUCUACUUCAUCCCUGUUUCUAACUCCAACGAAUAACUAUCAAUUAAUUUCAUCGUCAUCUCAGUUAAUCUACAUGUCUGUAAUUACAUGGGACCACGUUGACAAUCAGCAAACUUUACUAACAGAAAAACAACUAGAGUCAGUGUUUCUGCUGAAUUCACUGAAUUCAAUACACGGAGAAACUACAGUAAGCAGUACUACUACUCAUACGACCUUCAAUACUAAUCAGACUGAUAAAUACGAGUACCAAACUACCCAACAGGAUGUGUCUAUACAGUCAGCCUCACAUUUCUAUUCAUGGCUAUGGUCUGUUGAACAAAAACUUAGUGCUGAAAUACCUGAAGUACCAAGCGAAUUUUUGACUUUUUUAUCUCGUAAAAAAUUGGAAUGUUCAAAAGUUUUAAGCAUCGUUGAAGAAAUUUUGUCUAAAUUAUCGAUUUUGGAAAACAAUUACUUCAGCAUAUCGCAGAGCACUAAUGAGUUACAUGAGUUGUGCGAACAUCUAUUAAGGCAACAAAAUGAAAUGAUUGAAUAUGCUAGCUCAAUUGAAGAAUGUCUAGCCAAUUUUGUUCAAGUGGAUAUGUUACAAGCUGAACUUGGAGUUUCCAAUUUCGUCGUAUCUCGAGAGAAGUUGCUGCCAAUUCUAAAUAAGCUUGAUUCAAGUUUACUUUAUUUCCUAGAACAUCCAAAUUUCAAAGAAUCUCCAAACUAUUUAAUCAAGGUGAAAUCCUCGCUUAAAAUAGCUCUUGAAUACAUUAAAAAUAAUGUAACUAAUGUCAUAGAAAGAACCAUAAAUGAGCUUCUGGAAUUGCAUGAUGUUAUCAGCCCUGAGAACUCAUUUAUUUUACUUUACGGACGAUUUCGUUCACAAGGACCAAAAAUACGCUCGUUGAUGACACUUUUAGAAGAAAGAAUACACGUUACUGAUGAGUAUGCUCAGGUAAUUCAAGAGUGUCAUAAAUUUUACUUACAUCAUCGAGAAGAGUUAUUGACACCUGUUGCACAAAAUGGAGUUUCAGAACUACUUCAAAAAUAUACUGGUGAUCAUUGUACACUACUUCGCACUGCUGGAACAUUCAUAUUACAUAUGUGUGAAGAUGAAAUGCGUUUGUUUAAUCAAUUCUUUUCAUCAAACUUUUCACAAUCAAUUAAUCAAAUGUUGUCUAAAUUAUGUCGAUGUUUGUAUGAUGCUGUUAGACCUUUAAUAAUUCAUAUCAAUCACGUUGAAAUAUUAUCUGAACUUUGUGAUAUAUUGAAAGAUGAAUUACUUCAACAAGAUGAUCCUAAAAAGACAACUAAUUCACCAGAUAUGCUGGCAUUUAAUGAUCUCUGUGGAAUGUUGCUGGCUGAUAUUCAAGAAAGAUUAAUAUUUCGUGCACAUAUAUAUGUUAAAUCACAAAUUUUUGGUUUUGUUCCAAGUCCUGGAGAUCUUUCUUACCCUGAAAAAUUGGAAAUGAUGAACGACAUAGCAAAAAGUAUUUCGAUGCCUAUUGAUUCAAACAAUUCACCGGAUAAAGAAAAGGAGCAUGAAAACUCUGAGGAAAUUGUCGCAGAAAAUGAUUCUUCCGAGUCCAAUUUACAGAAUAAGUCUACUACUUCUGAUUUGGCAAUUCAACCAGGACCUAAUAUGUCUUUAGCUCCAGCAGACUUACAUGGUAUGUGGUAUCCAACAGUACGUCGUACUUUGGUAUGUCUCUCAAAACUCAAUCGUUGCCUAGAUACUGAUUCGUUUCGUGGUUUGGCCCAGGAAUGUGUAUCCAUGUGCGUUCAGUCAUUAGUUAAAGCAAGUGAUUCAAUUAGUCUCCGUCGGACAACCAUUGAUGGUCAAUUAUUUCUUAUCAAACAUUUGUUAAUACUUCGUGAACAAAUGGUACCAUUUGGCAUUGAAUUUUUAGUUAAGGAAACUAGCCUAGAUUUUUCUCCAUAUAAAAAUGUAGCACUCAGUAUUUGGGAACAAAAAGGAACUGGGUUAUUCUCAUUAAAUAAAGAAAAUGCAUUAUUACGAUUUCUAUUAGAAACUCCAAACGCUAUUGAUAUUGAAUUGGAUUCUAGACGUCAGUUAGAUAGUCAAUUAAAAUAUACUUGUGAACUACUUAUUGAACAACAAGUUUUACAAUUAACCGGCGAAAUGUCAAAUUUUCUUAAACGGGCUCAUUCAAUCCUAGCCGCUCCAGGUGCACGUCUUGCUGACCAACCGUUCGCAAAUCCAUCAUACAUAAAGGAAAUAGUUUCGAAUGCGCACCGAUCACUCUGUAUAGCACUUGGUCGUAGUUCUAGUUCAAAUCGUCCUGAUACAGUAAAACACCAUACUGUGCCAAAUUUACGAAACUGUCUACAUAUUUAUCUAGCUAAUCCAGAUACAGAAAAUAUCUUAUUACGUCGUAUUCAAUCAGGUAUUAUAUCACAAUGGAGAUCCAUGUAUCAAUUGGUAACUGAUCAUUAUAAUGAUGAGGAUCGUAUAAUAAUCGGUUGUCCAACAGAAAGUCAAAUUCGACUUAUAUUUCAAGAUAUUUGGAAUCGUCCAGUUCUUUCAUCAUAA